UAACACUUCACCACUUCACCACUUCGCUUCUCUCUUUUUUUUCUUUUUCUUGUCAACCUUGAACUUCAUUGCUUCACCAUCCCACAGCGCUGUUUUCUUGCAUUUACCCAGUAUUGGUAGUCUCUUUUGUUCAUUUUCCACUCCCCGCAUCUGCUUGGUUUUUUUUCGCGGGACGCGGCAUUUCUUCCCUUCCAUCACCAUCUCUCGGCGAUUAUUUGACUGGAAGGUAGAUACACAAGGGCACUGGAAGGUCACGGGCUGGGUUGGACUGAGAGCAAGCGUUUGAAUACUAUUGUUUUCUCAAUUCUCGCAAAGAUAGCUAGCAAGCAUUUACAAGUUCCGACUAUUUCUCCAUCUUUGCGCUGAUCCAAGAGAAUUUGUUCCUUGGAACAAGGACAAGGAUUAAGAAAAGAAGACAGUCUUGAUAGUCACAGGGAAAAGGAUAGGCAGAAGCUAUCUCAAAGGAAGUGAAGAAGAAGGAGAAGAAGAAGAGAAGAAAGGAGCAAUCAAACUCAGACACAAGACCAGAGAACAAAGAAAAAGAGCAAGAAAAAAAAACAAGACCACGUGCUGAACUUCGCCUUGAUAUUGGUUUCUGCUCUCGACAUCUCUGAUAAAUCCAGAUCCCGACUCAUCCCACAUCGCCAUAAUGUCCGGCCUCGUUUCCGACGAAAUUGCGGAGGACUACAAGAGCUCCUUGGAGGAUCUAACUACCAAUGAUGGAAUCCAGAUCCGCACUCUGACCGUCAUCGCCAAAGAGAAUACCGAACACGCAAUGGCUAUCUCCCGGGUCCUGGAGAACCACAUUCGAUCAACACCACCCCUGCAGAAGCUUCCAGCCCUCUAUGUAGCCGAUUCCAUCGUCAAGAACGUUGGAAGCCCCUACACCCUCUUCCUUGGCCGGAAUAUGUACCAGACAUUCAUGAAUGUUUAUACUCUGGUUGAUGGAAAUACCCGAAGGAAGCUGGAUGAGAUGCUCAAUACAUGGAAGCAGCCGGCCCCUGGCUCACUCGACACGCGCCCAGUCUUCCCUCCCGACAUCACACGAAACAUCGAGAGUGCUCUCAUCAAAGCACGCACUGCGGCCUUGCAACAACAACAGGCCAGGGCCCAACCGGACAUCCUCGGCCGUAGUCGUGGAAAUGGGACUCCGACUGGGUGGACCAACAGCUCUACACCACCUCAGAACAUGUCUCGGCCUUCACAAAACCACCAAUAUACCAAUAAUGGUCAUUCCAAUUCGACACCUCCCCAGACUCAUCGACAGGAUAUCGAUUUGAGCUACCUCAAUCGAGACGUGGAUGCCCUGAUCGCUUCUGCAAAGAUUGACUUUGCUAACAGUCCUUUUAACCCCGUCUCUCAACAACGCUUGAAAGCGUUGGUGGAUCUUCAAGCCAUUCUACAGAAACAACAGCUCUCUCCAGAUCAGUUGAAACUUGUCCGCGAUCAGGUCUCUGCCCUUGCCGCCACAAGACCGCCGUCGGUUGCCCCUAAUGCCGCUACGAAUGGCCCGGUAGUGUCCGCUCCUCCACAAAUCCCCACACCACCAGCGCAACCAGUCUCGCAGCCCCUUCAGCAACUAUUAAACCAUAACACUCUCGCCGAGCUGAUCAAAGCUACCGCUUCGCGUCAACAAUCUACCCCACCACCUCAAAUCCCGGCAGCGCUGCCUCAGAUGCCCCAGUAUCCUCACCAAAGCGGCCCUCCACAGCCAGCGCCGGAGAACCCUCUUAUUGCGGCCUUGAGGGCACGUGGACUUCUACCUGGUGGACCGACACCCUCAUCUCUUACGCCUUCGACUUCGACACCGGUUUCUGGUAGAUCUAAUAUGCCGUUCAUCUUGCCCCAUGGAAUGCAACCUACCACCCCAGCUCCGUUACAAACUCCAACUCCCUCCAAUGGAUCAUCUGGAGUCCCCAUGAGCACCGCGUCUAUGAAGAUUCCUCGAUUCGGACUUAUUGUCUCUCUAUAUGAUUCCCGACCGAACCGAUGUGGAACUUGCGGCCGUCGCUUCUUGACCACGGAUGAAGGGAAGGAAAUGAAGGCCCGGCAUCUGGACUGGCAUUUCAAGACCAAUCAGCGCAUGACCGAGUCCUCCCGGCGGGCUCAGAAUCGCAGCUGGUAUGUUGACGAAAGGGACUGGAUCAAAUCUCGAGAGGCUGGCGACGAGAACGGUGCUGCGGAUCCCCAAACCACCGCUGAAGGAGCUUCAGGCGUGGAUGGCAAUACCAAGCAAGAGCCGCCAAAGCCGUGGAUUCGAGCUCCGAACGACGCCACUCUCCGUAACACCCCAUGCCCUAUCUGCCAGGAGAAGUUUGAAUCGACCUGGUCUGAGGAUGUCCAGGACUGGAUCUGGCAAGACGCAACCAAGGUCGGAAGUCGUGUGUAUCAUGCUAGCUGCUAUUCCGAAGUGACUAAGGGCCCUGCACCCACACGCCAGACACGGACCAGCACGCCCGACUCUGUUCUUGGCAAGCGGAAAGCUGAAGGAACUGAAUCUCCGAGUCAGAAGACGCGCAUCAAGACCGAGAUCUGACCUUUUUGUACCAUACUUCAACGCGAUUAUUCUUGCAUUGCAUAGGGAAUAUCUCCCUGGCGUUAGUUAGCGAAUUGAGUCCUUCUAC